AUGACAUCUCUUUACGCACCCACAGCAGAUGAUGUGAGGCAAAGACUGAGACCAUUUGGGUUCUUUUUUGAGAAAUCAUUGAAAGACUUGAUUAAGGGAAUAAGAUCCAACAACGAAACGCCAGAAAAGCUACACAAUUUCCUAAACCAGCAGCUGACUGAAUGUAGAAAUGAGGCUAAUCAGUCAGACCUCAAUAUAAAGGCUAACGCUGUGUUGAAGUUGGCAUAUUUGGAAAUGUACGGUUUUGAUAUGUCAUGGUGCAAUUUCCAUAUACUUGAAGUCAUGAGCAGUAGUAGGUUACAACAUAAACGUGUGGGUUAUUUAGCUGCUUCACAGUCAUUCUAUAAAGAUGCUGAUGUCCUAAUGCUGGCGACAAAUCUAAUAAGAAAGGAUCUGAAAUUCACAGGUGAUAACGAUACAUUAAAAGUAGGUAUUGCAUUGAGUGGACUGUCCUCUAUUGUAUCACCAAGCUUAGCAGCAGACAUUGCAGAAGAUUUAUUACCCAUGUUAAAUAGUACAAAUCCAUACAUUAGGAAGAAAACGGUGACGGCACUGUUCAAAGUCUUUUUACAGUAUCCAGAAGCAUUAAAGGACAAUUUCACAAAUUUUGUCGCAAAACUAGAAGAUGAUGAUAUCUCAGUAGUAUCAGCCACGGUUAGUGUUAUCUGCGAACUCUCCAAGAAAAAUCCAGCCCCUUUUAUACAACUGUCUCCUCUGUUAUAUCAAAUUUUGGUGUCAAUUGAUAAUAACUGGAUUAUUAUAAGAUUGUUAAAGUUAUUUACUAACCUAUCGAAGAUUGAACCAAAAUUGAAAUUUAAACUUUUACCAAAAAUACUCGAAUUAAUGGACUCUACAAUGGCUACGUCUGUUCUUUAUGAAUCUAUCAACUGUAUCGUUAGAGGUAAUAUGUUAGAUGUUGAUGAUUUUGAUUCAGCAAUUCAGUGCCUAGACCGCUUACAUACAUUUUGUGAUUCUCAAGAUCCAAAUUUAAGAUACAUUAGCUGUGUUCUCUUUUAUAAAAUUGGCAAAAUUAAUACAGACUUCAUUUCCCAUUUUGAUGACCUGGUAAUACGUUUAAUCGGGGACGUUGAUAUCAGUAUCAGAUCGAAAGCUCUAGAAUUAUUAGAAGGCAUCGUUGACGAAGAGAACUUGAAAAAAAUUGUAGUAAUACUUAUGAAACAGUUUGUCAAUCAGGACGUGGUUGUAUUACAGGAUUCAAUGUCAAUAUCAAGGGAAAUUCCUAUAAUUAUGUCAGAACCGUAUAAAGUAAAGAUGGUGGACACCAUUUUGAAAAUAUGUCAACUCAACAACUACUCCAAUAUUCCUGAUUUCGAAUGGUUUAAUGCCGUUUUAUACGAUCUUGCUAUAUUAUCACAAGAUCUAGCAGCAAAGGAACUUGGUUAUAAGAUCGGUGAACAAAUCAAGAACAUAAUGGUCAAAGUUCCUGAUAUGCGUGGUACGACGAUAAGUACAAUCAUAAAAUUAAUAUCAGUGGACACUAUCGAUAAUCAACUCCCCACAAUUUUAAAGGACUGUAUUUGGUCUCUUGGAGAAUACUCAGGUUAUAUUGAAAACGGGGACGCGUUAGUAAGGCUGCUGGUCAAGAGAGGUUGUGAUUUUAGACUUGAUGCACAGAGUGUUCUGAUUACAGCGUUACUGAAAAUAUUCAGUUAUUGGUCUAAUAGUAACAUAGAGAGAGAAGUAAAUGAAGUCAAACUGCUUUUAGAAGAAUUGGUUGCUUUUUUACAAGAAUUGAGUUUUUCUAAAUCCUUUGAAGUUCAGGAACGUAGUGUGGAGGUUUUAGAGAUAUUGAACUUAGUUUUGGAAUCUAUGACACCGAGUGAUACCGAACUUUCGCUUCUAUUAACGGAUGUGAUUCCCAGCUUCUUUAAUGCUUAUGAGCUCACUCCAAUAGCACACGGAACCCAGAAACAAUUGAAUUACACUGGCCAGCUAGAUCUUGAGACUCCUUUUUUGACAGAUUUUGAACUGCAGGAGAUUUUAAAUCAGCCAAAAUAUUCGGAAAACAUUGAUUAUGUAGAUUCUGAUGAAACUGACAUUGAGUUAAAAGAAAGUACUGAUUUUACUAGCUUCGGAAAUGAAAACGAAGAAAAUAAUGGCAUUGACAUAUCAUCUACUGAAAAGUUUAGUGGAAAUAAAAAAAUUGACAAUAUGUAUUACCUCAAUGAAGAGGACCAAGAAGUUGAGAAGUCCAGGAAGAGUGAUGAUCUUUUGUCCGUGGGUGGUUGUGAAAGUCAAAGUACUGAUUUCGACAUUAUCAGACUCACUACUAAACCUAGUGGCCCGAAAGAAAAGAAGAAGAAACAUAAGAAGAAGGCCAAAAAAGUUAAAGUAUUGUCAGACGAAAUUGUUGUGGAUUCAAAUACUUCUGACAUGAACGAGGGUAAACGAAUUCAAGUUCCUCAUUCACUAUCAAAGUCACCUGAGCAUAAAAUCAAUCUGAAGACCCACUCAAAAUUAGAAGAUUACGAUUUUUCACAUAAUGCAUUGGCUAAUGUUUCUGACAGGGAUCCAAACAAGAUAGAAGACCAAGCAGAAUUGGAGAAGCUUAGGGAAAAGUUUGCAAAUCAAACGCUAGAAAAGCAAAAUGAUGUUGAUGAUGAUGAUGCUGAAGAAGUCAUUGUAAUCAAGAGAAAGAAGAAGAAGGCAUCUGGGGAUAAGAAAAUGAGGAAAGGAAAGAAACCGAGCAAGACAAGCGAAACUCUGUCAUCCACAGAAGAAGGAACUGCAGCGAAUGACUCUAAAGCUGUAAAAGAACAAGUUCCAACUCAGGCUAAAUGA